CUGGGAGGUGGGCUGAGCCCCGGCCGCUGCUCCAGCCACACCCUCCGUCCGACACCCUGCGUUGUUGUUAUUGUUGUUGGUCGUCCCGACGUCCGCGCGCUGUGGCUCGUACUGUCAUCCUCUCGCGCCGAGAGCUGGCCCGCCGCGUGCAUGCAGCAGAAUGGCUCGAGCGGUUCCAACGGUUCUGAUGGCUGCAGCAGGGAGCGCCAGUCUCCCUCCUUCAGCCCGCUCCCCUCGGCCACUACGCGGGUGAGGCGGUUCAUUCAGGAGAGAAGGACGCUGCCUCUACCCAGAGUGAUGGUGGUAUUCUCGGCCGCGGGGGAAAGCGACAAACCGGGCGAUGCCAUGUCAAGCUCGGACCCUGCGGAGGAAGAUGUGAGAAAGCCGGCCUCACCCACACCGAGCCGGGCUUUAAGUAAGCCGCUCCGCUCCUCGCUCAACACCCAGGAGCAGGAGUUUCCUGAGGUCAUCUCUCUGAACGUUGGGGGCACGUACUUCACCACCCGUCUGUCCACCCUCCGGCGAUAUGAGGACACCAUGCUGGCCGCCAUGUUCAGCGGGCGGCAUUACAUCCCUCGAGAUGCAGAGGGGCGCUACUUCAUUGAUCGGGAUGGAGGAUAUUUUGGGGACAUCCUGAACUUCCUGAGGGAAGGCGAGCUUCCUCACCAGGACCGAGUGAGAGCGGUGCACAGGGAGGCUCAGUACUACGCCAUCGGCCCGCUGCUGGACCGGCUGGAGGACAUCCAGCCGCUCACAGGGGAGAGACAACAUGUAGAUCUGUCAAUAUAUGAAAAGGAAACAGAUGAAAGGCAGGACCAGGACAAUCUGGAGCGCAUUGUGGAGAUCGCCAAACUGCGGGCCAUGCAAAAAAAGGCUCGCUUCGCCAAGCUGAAAAUCUGCGUCUACAAAGAGGAGAUGCCCAUCACGCCGUACGAGCGGCCCCUCUUUAACUCUCUGCGCUUCGAGCGCUCGGACAGCGAGGCCAAGCUCUUCGAGCACCACUGCGAGGUGGACGUGUCGUUCGGGCCGUGGGAGGCGGUGGCCGACGUCUACGACCUGCUGCACUGCAUCGUCAGCGACCUGGCCGAGCGCGGCAUCGCCGCCGAGCAGCAGUGCAUCGGCGUCUGCGACAAGCACCUCAUCAACCACUACUACUGCAAGAGGCCCAUCUACGAAUUCAAGAUCACCUGGUGGUGA